AUGCGUUUAUUCGUUGGUUACAAAUCAUCAAAUCAAAGCUUUAAACAAUUAGAAGUAGAAACCGAAAGAGGUGAUGCCGGUUAUCUUCAGAUGGAUUGCGCCCGUGAAUCUUUUGCAUUUGCAACAUAUAAACCAAAAUCAGAAAGGAAAGUUAAAAAGUUUGUUCAUUCGUUAUAUAAUAAUGUUCAAAAAUAUGAUAACUCAGUAUGUGGUAAAUAUAUUGACCCUUCAGAAGUUUUCAAGAAAGCAAAUGAAGAAGUUGAUGUCACUUUUGAUAUGAUUAUUCCGGUAAAUGAUUUGUUAGCAUUUCAGGCGUUCGAUGAUUAUCCUAAAUCAUUUGGUGAUAUCAUUCUUAAAUAUUAUGUUUUCAGGGAUACUUUAGUAUUUUGUCAGGUUGACCCGUUAAGAGUUGCUGAUUUACAAAAUUACGUUUAUGAAAAGAUAACUGAUGAAAAUUAUGAAAAGAUUAUGAAUCAUGUUUAUAAAUAUGAUCGCAAAUUCCAACAAAUCGGACUUCCUGCCAAAUUAAUUACAAGCUUAGCCGCUACAUCUGCUGACGCAACAGUUGAUG